AUGACUAAAUCAACCAGAUCCAACCGUCCCGAACUACGAGGACUCCUCCCGGCUCCAACGCGACCUCGCGGCAGCAAAGGAGCUGCAAUUGAGAGUAGAGAAUCUCAAGAUGACCACGAUAACACGCAAAGAAACAACGAUGAAGUCUCUAGGAAAGGAAAUGCCGAUCCAAGAAGACCCGCCUCCGAUUACGGAGAAGGGUAUGGAAAUGGAAGUAGACGAGAUAGAUUCAGAAUGCUCGGAAGCUACCCCGAAACGCCCUAUAACUCCAGAGAUCAGAGUCUUAUCGAAACAAGACCAGAUCAAACUCCGGGUCAAAGAGCACGUCUCGCUCUGGAGACAAUACAGAAUCUUCUGAAGUUCAAGAGAAACGAUCACGGCAAGAAGCAAAGCUCAAGGCUCGACCAGUUCGCGGAUCCCGGCAAAUGGAAAAAGUGA